GCACCCGACGGCCCCAGCUGCUUGCGCCCGAACUUGUUCUUCAAAGCCACCCUCUCCGUCCAAGCUACCCCUGCCAACUUAGAUGUGCUGGUCGCUAAGGCUAAAGCAUACUUGCUCGACCCUCUUACUGCUCCCGAACCAAGCCAAGAAACAGGUCCCGGAAGCUCUUUCAUAAACCCCGAUCCACUGCUUCGAACUUUCUCGCAGAAGAAGAAAGGCAAAGAACCAGUUCAGAAUAGCGACAAGAGCCAGACCAGCCAUAAAGCUCACAGUCGCACCUCAUCGUAUCCCACCCCGCCUGCAUCCGCAAGCCCAACGCGAUCCAGCUUUCAUUCAUCCAAUCCAUUUUCACCGACUUAUCAGCGCGCUUCGGUGUCCCUGUCUAGAGGACCUGCUUCCCCAACAUCACCGUCUUCACCAGGCCAUCCCCUAGGCCGCAGUACCAGUGUUCGAAGCAACGGUCUCCGAAGCCCGUCUUCGCCAAGCAAUCGCUUUCCACCAAGCACAAGUGUCACUCGAAGCAUCAGCGCACGCACUCGCUCUAUCGCUGAGGCAAACGGAACCCAAGCCGAUUCUUCAGUUCAGCGCAGCAAGAGCGUGAACUCACACCAAGGCUCCAGCGGUCUCAGACGUUCCAGUUCCAUCAACCAGAGAUUCCCCGGCGAUAUGUCUCAUCGACCUCUAGACAUGAUCAAGCGCGAGCAGCGCGCCGCGGACCGCGCGCCUCACCUUAGAACGCGCAAAUAUGGCCCCGUGACGGACACCAUUGACUCGCUCGACAGUAUCGGCGGCGUCUACCAUCACGGCGGUCCCUAUGAUGCCACUUUGGCAUCCCGCAACCGCAACAAGAAGUAUGCGCCUGUUGAGGCUGUGAGGGAGUCCAACAUGGAGGCCUUGAGGGCUACGCCUCGCGAAUACAUUCAGGAUUCCCUGGACAAGCAUGUGCCUUUGCAAGGUACCGGUCUUAUUCCCGCCGGUGGCACUGACAUGAGCGGCAAUGUUAUGAACUAUGAGGAAGGAGCCGAUCUCAUGCGUGAGCCCAAUAACCAAGGCGGCGCUUACAAGAGAUGGGAUGGAAUCCAAUAUCAUCCUGAUGAUUUGAAGGGAAAGGGAGAGCCUUCUUACACCUACGAGAGAGACCUUAAGGAGAAGAAGCGCAUGCGUAAGGCUUCUCUCGGCAACAGCCCCGCAGAAUACGAGAUGCGCUCCGGCAUCAACGCUCAGUCACGUAAGGACAACGGGGCAAUGGUACGUCAGCGCAGUGUCAGCAAUGCUGCAGACGGAAGACCCGGCCCCUCCGAGUUGCCUAAGGGACAUUCCAACAGCGCCGACGUCCAUCGCCACAACAGCACCGGCAAGCAUUUCGGCGACAGCCUGAAGCGUCGUUUCGGCAGCAUCCGUCGCAAGAACCACGCUGCGGCGUAG